AUGUCCGAUCCAGGUGUCUUCGAUGGAGCACAAACCAACUGUAAGGAGUCAAGGGACAGUGUCUUGUCCUCGACAUGGACAAACAGACGACUUCACCGAGGAGAUGGCAACCUCGGGGCAGAUGAAUGCAUUCUCACUCUAGGUGAAGCAAGCAUCCUCGUAAGGUGUUUUCCUCUGCAGAUGGAAAUCCAACUGAACCAAGUCCCGGAAUAUAACCUCGAGGAGCUAAGAAAGCACCAGAAAUAUCAAGACUUGGAACGUGAUUUCAAAUUUGUACGAAACGUCAUUGUAACACGAAAUGUAUCAUCAAUUGGUAGCACAUUACAACAAAUGAAACCCACUCCAAAGUCAGAAAUAAAUGUCAUUUCUUCAAAAAUUUGGAAGCAUUUGCGAAAGCCUCAUACAAGCAGUCCGUUUCCUGAAUCAGUAGACAAACAUUACUCCCAAGCCGGUCAAGAUACAGCUGUGUAUAACAUAUUUCCAAAGAAAAACGGAUUUUUCGUUGAAAUGGGGGCUUACGAUGGUAAGGUUCAUUCCAAUACUUUAUGGUUGGAGAGAAAACAUAAUUGGACAGGGUUGCUGAUAGAAGGAAACCCAGUAUCAUGUCCCUUCAUUGACCGUGUAAAACGCAACGCCUGGCGUCUCUGCGCAUGUGUGGCACAUGAAAAUGAAACAAUGUUUAUAGAAGGGGAUGAACUAGGGGGUUCUGAAAAAGACAUGGCGAAGAGUCAUGUAAUUCAAUUGAAAGGGUACGAAAGGACCAAAGUACCUUGUUUUCAAUUAAUUGAUGUUUUACAAUUAAUAGGUGUUUUCCACAUUAAUUACUUUUCAUUGGAUGUAGAAGGCGGAGAAAUGGCGGUGCUAAACAGCAUGAGAGAGACGUUGAUUUCUAGACAAAUAACCGUUGAUGUAUGGACCAUUGAAUAUCGAGCUUGGGCAGGACCAAGAUUUGAUUGGACUAAAGGAAAGGAAAAUCUGGCAAAUUAUCGAGCCUUUUUCAAAGAGAUAGGAGGAUACGUCGAACACUCACAAUUGGCUUACGAGUCACGUAAGCUAGGGGAUGGUCGCUAUCUUGAUGUUGUAUUUGUUUAUACAGAGACAUGGUGUAAAGGUCAUAGUUCACUUCCAGACGGCAAAACAAAGUGUUGA